UUGAGUAAAACAUGGGCAAUGUCGGUCGGCAAUGUCAGGCAUUGAAAGCGAUCGUAAAAGCCUAGCUACUGCUUGAUCUGUACACAUUGAACACACCUGCAAGCAAAUAUGAACAGAAAAGUGCCAGAGGAAUUGAAAGAAAAAUAUCCACACUAUGAGACUUACGCCAAGUGUCAGUCGUCCGCAUUCAUGGCAGGAACAUUCACCUUUGCAACAGCAACUGCUGGUUUGUAUGUCGUUCAGGAGCUGCUGAAGACACGCCUCCCAUAUGCCUGGUCAUCAUUCCUGCUGACUUCGGUGCUGGGCGGGAGCGUGGUCUCGUACGUCGUUACUCGCAAGCAGACCAAGGGUUGUCAAGACAUGUGGAUGGCAAUGGAAGACCGACACACUGCACUGACAUCUAUUGAUGAAAGGAAAAAGAUGGAAAAAACAUCACCAAACACAUUGCCAUCAACUCCGUCAUAGCUGUGCUGCGUCAUCAGUAUUUGACCUUUAUGACAGAAACACAUUGUCCUGAAGCAACAUCUCUGUGUAAUACCCUACAAUAGCAUAUAGCAGUUACACACAGUCCGCACUCAGGGAGCACUGUUUGAGUGGGCUGGGCCAGGCACUGGUACCAAAUGUCCUUUUAUCCCAUCUUCCCAAGGCAGGGGAGUUACCUAUAAAAGUCCAUUUUCCACCCUUGCCGAACAAGGCUGGAACUUCUGGGCUAGAUUGGGCUAUUACAAAUUAUGUCCCUUCAAUAUCCCUGCUGUUGACCUAUCAAAUUCCACCUCUCAUAUCACUUGCAUUUGCUUAAAACAGAAUGGCGGCGCCCAGUCAAGACGAUCUGAUCCAUUAUCAAAAUCUAUAUUGUGAUAAAACUGUCUUACCUCAGCAAGUGCAUGGAAAAAACAUGAAAAGAUUUAGGAGAUAUCUGUUAGCGCCCAGUUGGUGAGACACAUUCUUUGCAAAUCCUACAAUAAACCGAAAUCUGCAUGGCAGUAAACAAACCGGAUGUCGAUUUGGUUACGCGAAUUUGAUUGAACUAUGCAUAGACUCGUUAGUCCAGCCAAAAUAUAACUCCAUAAUUCCAGCCUAGUUUAGCAAGGGUGGAAACUGGACUUUUAUAGUCGGUUAACUCCCUUGCCUCGGGAAGACCAUACCUUGAAUUGAGAAUCUCAACCCAGUGCCUUUUGAUAUCAUAUAUCAAAACAAGUAAAUAAAUGCUGUAUGUUUUUCACUCAAUUACUACUACUACUCUUUACUAACUGAGUGAGUGAGUGAGUUGGGUUUAACGCCGCUUUUAACAGUAUUCCAGUUAUAUCGCGGCGUGCCAGCUUAAUGGGAGAGGUAAGCACGAAGUGAUGCAGGUCUCAAACUUUUACCACUUCGGUGAAACCCACGAGCAAGCACGGGUAUGGUGCUGACAAACCUCGAAACAAACCAUCGAACCGGGAUUCGAACCCACAAUCAUAGGUUUCUGGCGUGCCCAAGAGACGCAACUCUGCACAGCAAAUCGCUUUACUAACUGAAAAAGUUGUAAGAAUGAAUUUGCAUGUUAUAUUGAUAUUGAUAUACCCUAAUGUAUUUUGUAUCAAAUAUAUAAACACUACUCGAUAAAAGUUUGAACACAUUAACAUAUAAUGACAUAUGGAAAUAAGAGGUCUAUAUAUAGAUUGUUAUGAGCCAAUGUAUGUUAUUUAUUCAAUAUACUCCACAUUCAGACUACUCAAAUUUUGAAACCAAGUAGGCUUAUUUUCUAAAUAACAUUAGGCAGCAUUUGGCUCAUGAUUGGCUCAGAUCUGUUUCCGCUGGCUAGGCCAGGGCACUGGUACCAAAUGUCCUGAUAACUAUGCCUUGGUUUGUAUAGUCAUGACUGAGAUGAACCUCUUGUUUGUCAUGUGACUGGCUGUAGAGUUAUCUCCCUUGUCUGUUGGGUGGCCACAGAGUUAUCUCCCUUGUCAGUUUAGUUUUCUCACCUGUAGAUAUCAUCUUGAUAAGCUAAGCAAUGACAAUCGGUCCCUGGCCCUCAAAUCUAGUCAAAAGUCAUCCUUGUUCCAAGGUCAGAAGUGAAAGUGUGUCAAGGACAUGGGUUGGAGGCUAAUUCUGGUUAUUAGACCUGUUCAGACACACGUGGCUCUGUGGCUUAAGUUGUCUCCCCUAGUCGCCUGGACUCACUGAUCAUGGGUAUAAAUUGCUUAUUCAUUACGUUAUCGUACCAUUUUUAGGUACAUAGGUAAAUUACAACAUGCCUCACUUUGGGCAUUCCUCGAAGAUCAAGCAGAUAUGUGGGAAUAGCCUAAGUACUAUAUGAAUUACUAAACCCAACUCACUCUAUCCCUCUACCCCUGAAGACCUGGGGUAGAAUAGGUCUUCAGCAACCCACGCUUGCUGUUAAAGGCGACUAUGCUUGUCGUAAGAGGCGACUAACGAGAUCGGGUGGCCAGGCUCGCUGACUUGGCUGAUGCAUGUCAUCAUAUCCCAAUUGCGUGGAUCGAUGCGCAUGAUGUCAGUCACUGGAUUGUCUGGUCCAGAUCGCUGGCAUAUUGCUUUGUAUAGCGUUAAACAACUAACAAACAACAUUCACUCACUCUUGGACUUCUCGAGGCCUGGGCUUGACUGGGAAUGCUGUAGACUCAGACAAAUAUGUACUUGAUACUUGCCAAAAUUGUGGGCCUUGUGAUGCAGAUGUUGAUUUAGUGAAAGUCAUACUUGAAAAAUAAAGGCAGAAUAUAUGAAA